AUGGCACCAUAUUUGAAGAUAUAUGAUGGCACGACAGAUCCCGAAGAUAACAUCAUUCAUUAUAUUACAACAGUAAAGGGAAACGACCUCUCAAAGGAGCAAGUACCAUCAGUAUUACUAAAGAAGUUUGGCGAGACCUUAACCGGGGGAGCCUUAACCUGGCACUCACAAUUACCAGCACGAUCUAUAACAACGUUCGAGGAAAUGACCGACAAGUUCGUCACCGCCCACACCGGGGCUAAGAAGGCAGAAGCCAGGGUAAAUGAUAUAUUCGUCGUUAGGCAAUCGCCUGGCGAGGGACUCAGGGACUUUUUAGCUCGGUUUAACAGAGUAAGAAUGAGCUUACCAAAUGUAUCGAAAGGGAUGGCGGUGGUAGCUUUCCAAAAUGGGUUGAACAGGAAUGGGUCAAGAGCGACAAGAAAACUAUUAAGCAGACUCAUGAAAUACCCUGCCACCACUUGGGAAGAAACUCACAACGGCUACUGCGCCGAGGUGAGAGCAGAAGAGGAUGACCUUAACGGUCCAAUCCAACGGUUAACGUCGGUCCAAGCAGAGCCAAGAAAAGACCGUCGUAAUGACGAUCGAAGAGACCAGUCAGGUCUACGCCUCAACCGAGACAAGCACCAACCUUAUGUCAGAACAACCAUCCACCAUCUCUUCGCCAUGCAGAAGGACCGUCCAGGCCGCAUACAGGGACUUAGCGGAACGAAUGAGAAAUAG